CGUGGGUAACGAGGGGAGCUGUCAUCCUUAUCCCUUUUAAAACUUAGUUUAACUAGCGGUGAGUCGCUGUCUUUCACUGUUAGCGUGGGCAAUUAUCUAAAAGACGUAGGCGUAAGUAAUUUAUUGUUUAUACACAUGUUUAAGAAGACGGUGUUUUAAACUGCAGUAACUCCUGUCAUGGCGGGCGCUAAGGCGAGCGCGCUAAUGACUGUCCCAGAGAGUGAGCUGAUGGGCGACGUAUUCUCGCGCGUGCAUGGAGGGAUAUCGCUCCCGGUGUACGCCAAUAUUGCCAAGUUUCGACGGGGAAACGACGGACUAUACGUAGAUACAGAGGACUGGGAUGAAGUUCUGAGGAGAAGGCAGAUGGUCAACGCUAAAGAACGCCUACGAAUCAGGAACUUGAACAGCAUGUUUUCCCGCCUGAAACGCAUGGUGCCGCUGGUGCGCCGGGACCGGAAGCCCAGUAAGGUCGACACGCUCCGAGCCGCCACGGAAUACAUCCGCCUGCUGCUGGCCGUGCUGCACGACACCUCGACUGGCAGCAUGCUGGAGGCUGUGCCGGAGAUACCAGAGGGCAUGGCGCUGGCGGUUCCCGUGGUUUCGGCAGGCAUUGGAGGGGAUGAGGGCGGAGACAUGGGAGGGCUGGUGCUGCACCACUGUGUCCUGCCCACGUACCAGUACAUCAUACAGCUCACCCCCGAACAGGCCAUGAUGUUCCAGCCCAGCUGAGCAUGCCGGACGUCAUGGCCAAUCACAGUGCUCCAAGGUGGGUCUCCACCCGGGCCGAACCAGAAUCACACAUUCAGCCUGCAGAGCUACGCAGAGCAAAGCAAGCUUACUGCAAGCAGGGGUCGAUUCCGUUACAGCAUUUAACGCUGUACCCUCAAAUCCGUAUGCUGGGCUCUACAGUGAUCCCGAGAAUGUGUGGGGCAAUUGGGAAUAAAUGUUAGCAUGGAGCACUGAUAUGCCAUCCAGUUUAAUUUUGUUAGUGUCUAUUGUUAUUAUUAGACACUGAGCACUAUAUCCUCAAACUCACUCUUGCACCUGGUGUAUAUCUACUAUGACCUACUACUACUAAAAUUAUGCCAAUACAAGUUUGCUAGUUGUUCUGGAAACGUGUUUAAAUGGCUUUAAUUCCAUUUUUCGGUUCAGAAAAAUGAUCUGAAUUACAACUCACAAGUUUUUUUUUUUUUUUUUUAAAAAGAUCCUUAAUGUUGUUUGACAGUUUUUCAGUUUAACUAAUUUAACUUUAAAACGAUUUCCUGGAGGAAUGUUUGAAAUAAAAACCUUUUCUUUCAACAAAUGGGAUUGUUUGUAGUGAAUACUCAUCAUUAAGAAUCCUAUUUUUCUCCCUCAUUCAGGGGCUGUGGUGCUACCAAAGGGAAAAUGUAUAUUUGUUUAAUUUGGUUUAUUGCAAAAAAAAAAUGUGGAAUAAAAAUGUGCAGUUA